AUGCCAGGUAUCCACCAUAUAGCACUCCUCAAAUUCCUACCAAGCAUCCCGCCUGAUGUCAAAUUCCGCGCAUGCGAGCUCGCCGUCGAGCUCCUCCAGCGAAUUCCGCAGGUCAAUAACAUGAAAGUCGGGCCCCCAGCAGACCGCGCCUCCAGCCGCGGGUACGACUUCGCGCUUACGAUGGACUUUGACAGCCGCGAAGCAUUCAGAGCUUAUAAUGCGCACCCGAUGCAUGCCGAGUAA